AUGGCCGGAUGCAUAUCGAAACAAGCCGCAGCAGGCCAGUUGACGUGGACGACUGGAGUCUGCCUCCAUCACGCGAACCUACACUGCUUCAAGCCAAACAGUUUCAAUUGUUGGUCCAGAUUAGUCAAUCGGCACAACACGCCCUGGCAAGGAGGCGUUUUCGAAAGGUUAAUUGGAAUCACCAAAACUGCCUUUAGGCGCGCAAUGGGAAGGCGCUUCUUGAGCGAAGAAAGGUUGGUUACCUUCAUCGCUGAAAUCGAAGCGAUUGCCAAUUUCAGGCCACUCACUAAAGUAAAGAAAGGUCCAGUGGAAGUUUUGCGUCCAAUUGACUUUAUUAAUCCUUUGGCAAGAAUUGGAAAUCCUUUAGAAGAAACUGGAGAAGAUGAGGAUUAUCAGAUAAAGAUCAGACUACCGACGAAAGAGGAACUAAUAGAUGAUUGGGAACGAACGAAAAAAGAAAGGUGGGGAUCAAAACAUCACCAAAAACGAGAUCUCACGAAAGGGGAACCAAGGUUGAAAGAAUUAAUUCUUAUCGACGACGAAAAACCAAGAGAAACUGUCGAGAUUGCUAAAUCUCGAUUUGCAACAAAUUUUAUAAGAUUUGUAAUUCCUUAG